GGCCGAGCGAGGGGCGCAGGGCCGCGGAGGAAGGGGCGCGCGGGCGGGCGCCGGGGACAGGCGGGGGCGCCGGCCCCUCGUGCCCGGCCCUGCGGUCGGGGCCGGCGCGUGAGGCUCUGGCCCCUGGGCCUGAUCGCCGUGGCCUGUCCCACCCAGGCCUUGGGGACAGCCGGCCUUCGCGCCCCGCCGGCCUCUUUGGGGGGGCCGAGGACCAGCCGGUUCUGCUAGGCCCCGCAGGUUCCGAGAGGGGGGCCACGUGAGCGCCGCCGCUCGCCGCCUCCCCCCUCCAGUGCUGGCGGUGCACCGCGGAUUUUUUAAAAGGCCUCUGUGCCCCUCUGUCCCCCUGGCCCUGAAUCUGCCCCCCACCCCCACCCCAGACAGCCCUAGAUUGCUUGCCCGAGGUGAAGGGAUUUGGACGACUCCCCCCAGGUGCUUGAAAGAAGAGAAGGUCGGAGGAGGAGGAGGAGGAGACUGGGGGGGCUGCUGGCGGUGGUGACAGGGCUGGGAGAGAGAGGAGAGGGACGGGAGGAGGGGGCUGGGUGGGGUGGGGGUGACAGGCAGAGAGGAGCCUGGUCAACAAGCCAGCACCACUCUGCCUGGAGGCCGAGGCCGGCUCCUGCCGCCGACGCAUCCAGGGUGAGGAGACACACAUAGAUUGCUUUCUUGGGGGCUCUUUGUCAGCCACCAGCCCAGAGCACACACACUGACACACACGUACACAAAGAUCUGAGCCAGGUUGUGGGAGGUAAGUGGGGGAAGGAGAAGGAGGGGGCAGCAGUGUCUGCGGUGGGCUUUGGGGUGGAGGGGCGGGGGGAUGGGCCUGAGGGGCUCUGGGCUGCUCGAGAGGUGAGCCUUUCCAAGGCUGUGUGCUUGUGUGGCGCUGGGGGGGGGGGGGGGACACACGAUGACCUUCCCCUCCUCACCAAGACCUGAAAGGGAGCAGCAACCCCCAGCGAGAUCCCCCCUGUGCUGAUGAUUUUCAGGGACUUGUUGGCAACUCAGCGAGGGUUGCCAUAGCUUUUUUAUGUAGGGUGACCAGAACCGGCUGAAACUGGUUUGAGGCAGAUCAGCUCCUGAACACAAUGCAGUCACUGAGCCUACUACAGUGGGAUAGCAGCUUCCUCCCUUCAUGGCAGCCAAAAGCAGAGGAGCUUGCAGGAAGGGACCAUCCCAACACAGUAUGUGAAUGCACACUUAGACACCACACAGCACUGGUACGUGACUCAUGGAGCCCUAGAAGAUUCUGUGUAGAGAAGAUGGGGAAAAAUGUGCAGGUUUGCAAGGUCUGAGAUUCCUUGGGCUUUUCCUGCCUUUUUCUUUUGCUUAAGGGAUGGACAAGGAGCUGAGAUUUAUGACCCUUAUUAAAGAAAAAAAUGUGCCUUGCUAGGGUGGGGACACUUGGUUUCUGCAGUCUCUCUCUUUCUCUCUCUCUCUCUUUUCUCUGCGUUUUUAACAAAACCAAACCAAAACGAACUGAUGGGUUUGUAAUGGGAGUUUGUUUGUUGCUGGAGAAUGCUACUUUGCAUGCUUUUUUUCUCUUGCAGGGUAUGUUCUGUUUUGUGCUUUUCCUUUUAGAAGCUACUAAAGGGUGUUGGGGAUACUUCUGACUAUUAUGAAGGCCAAAAGAGAAUGCAGCCGUGUGACAGUAACUGAACAUUGGUCCAAAGUCUUUCCAAAAGGUCAAGGUUCACAAGAACAUCUGAUCAAAUUCAUGACCAUGGGGGAUAUGAAGACCCCAGACUUUGAUGACCUCCUGGCAGCAUUCGACAUCCCAGAUAUGGUCGAUCCCAAAGCAGCUAUCGAGUCUGGACAUGACGACCAGGAAAGCCACAUCAAGCAGAACGCCCACGUGGAUGACGACUCCCACACGCCGUCCUCCUCCGACGUGGGCGUCAGCGUCAUCGUGAAGAACGUUCGCAACAUUGACUCCUCCGAGGGUGCGGAGAAGGACGGCCACCAUCCCACCGGCAACGGCCUGCACAACGGGUUUCUCACGGCGUCCUCUCUUGACACGUACAGUAAAGAUGGGUCAACGUCCUUGAAAGGAGACGUGCCUACCUCAGAGGUGACUUUAAAAGACUCUGCAUUCAGCCAGUUCAGCCCCAUCUCCAGUGCUGAAGAAUUUGACGACGAUGAGAAGAUAGAGGUGGAUGACCCCCCUGACAAAGAGGACGUGCGUUCCGGUUUCAGAUCAAAUGUGUUGACGGGGUCGGUUCCCCAGCAGGACUAUGAUAAACUAAAGGCACUUGGGGGAGAAGGCUUGAGCAAAACUGGAAUCUCUACGUCAGGCAAUCUAGAUAAAAACAAAGUUGUUAAGAGAGAAACGGAAACAAAUUCUAUAAAUCUGAGUGUUUAUGAACCUUUUAAAGUCAGAAAAAUGGAGGAUAAACUGAAGGAAAACUCGGAAAAGGUGCUUGAAAACAGGGUCCACGAGGGGAAGCUGAGCUCUGAGAAGAAUGACGCCUCCCUUGGCAGCGCGGUGCUGUCGAGGACCAAGCCAUCCUCCAAGCUUUCUUCCUGCAUCGCUGCAAUUGCGGCUCUUAGUGCUAAAAAGGCUGCUUCCGACUCCUCUAAAGAACCAGUGACCAACUCCCGGGAGUCCUCUCCAUUACCAAAAGAAGUAAACGAUAGCCCUAGAGCCAUUGAAAAGUCCCCGGAAUCCCAGAGUCUGAUCGAUGGGACGAAGAAAGCGUCCCUCAAGCAGCCGGAUAGUCCCAGGAGCAUCUCCAGCGAGAACAGUAGCAAGGGUUCGCCAUCCUCUCCUGCAGGGUCGACACCAGCAAUUCCCAAAGUCCGCAUAAAAACCAUCAAGACGUCUUCUGGGGAAAUCAAGAGAACGGUAACGAGGGUGUUGCCCGAAGUCGAUCUCGAUGCCGGAAAAAAGCCUCCCGAGCAGACAGCGUCCAUGGUGGCGUCCGUGACGUCACUGCUGUCGUCUCCGACCUCGGCCGCCGUCCUCUCCUCCCCACCCAGGGCGCCCCUGCAGUCGGCAGUCGUCACCAACACAGUGGCCCCCGCCGAGCUGACCCCCAAACAGGUCACCAUCAAGCCCGUGGCGACCGCCUUUCUCCCGGUGUCGGCUGUGAAGACGGCCGGGUCUCAAGUCAUUAAUUUGAAGCUCGCCAACAACACGACGGUGAAAGCCACGGUCAUAUCUGCCGCCUCCGUGCAGAGUGCCAGCAGCGCCAUCAUUAAAGCCGCCAAUGCCAUCCAGCAGCAAACCGUCGUGGUGCCGGCCUCCAGCCUGGCCAACGCCAAACUCGUGCCAAAGACUGUGCACCUCGCCAACCUUAACCUUCUGCCUCAGGGUGCCCAGGCCACCUCCGAGCUCCGCCAAGUGCUCACCAAACCUCAGCAGCAAAUAAAGCAGGCAAUAAUCAGUGCCGCGGCCUCGCAGCCACCCAAGAAGGUGUCGCGGGUCCAGGUGGUGUCCUCCCUGCAGAGUUCCGUGGUGGAAGCUUUCAACAAGGUGCUGAGCAGCGUCAACCCAGUCCCAGUUUACAUCCCCAACCUCAGUCCUCCUGCGAACGCGGGCAUCACGUUACCGACCCGCGGCUACAAGUGCUUGGAGUGCGGGGACUCCUUCGCCCUCGAGAAGAGCCUGACCCAGCACUACGACAGACGCAGCGUGCGCAUCGAGGUAACGUGCAACCACUGCACCAAGAACCUCGUUUUCUACAACAAGUGCAGUCUCUUGUCUCACGCCCGCGGGCACAAGGAGAAGGGAGUGGUGAUGCAGUGCUCGCACUUGAUCUUGAAGCCGGUCCCAGCAGAUCAAAUGAUUGUUUCUCCAUCAAGCAAUACUCCUGCUUCAUCUUCCGCCCUCCCGAGCUCUGCGGGAGCCGGCACACACACUGUAACAAAAAUUCAGUCUGGCGUAACCGGGACAGUCAUAUCAGCCCCUUCCAGCACACCCAUCAUUCCAGCUAUGCCUCUGGAUGAAGACCCAUCCAAGCUCUGUAGGCAUAGUCUGAAAUGUUUGGAGUGUAAUGAAGUUUUCCAGGAUGAGACGUCGCUGGCUACCCAUUUCCAGCAGGCUGCAGAUACGAGUGGACAAAAGACUUGCACUGUCUGCCAGAUGCUGCUUCCUAACCAGUGCAGUUACGCAUCUCACCAGAGAAUCCAUCAGCACAAGUCUCCCUACACCUGCCCCGAGUGUGGGGCCAUCUGCAGGUCGGUGCACUUCCAGACCCACGUCACCAAGAACUGUCUGCACUACACGCGGAGAGUUGGUUUUCGAUGUGUGCAUUGCAAUGUUGUGUACUCUGAUGUGGCCGCACUGAAGUCUCACAUUCAAGGUUCUCACUGUGAAGUCUUCUACAAGUGUCCUAUCUGUCCAAUGGCAUUUAAGUCUGCCCCAAGCACACAUUCUCAUGCCUAUACACAGCAUCCCGGCAUCAAGAUAGGAGAGCCAAAAAUAAUAUACAAGUGUUCCAUGUGUGACACUGUGUUUACCCUGCAAACCCUGCUGUAUCGCCACUUUGACCAACACAUCGAAAAUCAGAAGGUGUCUGUUUUCAAGUGUCCAGACUGUUCUCUUUUAUAUGCACAGAAGCAACUCAUGAUGGACCAUAUCAAGUCUAUGCAUGGAACAUUGAAAAGUAUUGAAGGGCCUCCAAACUUGGGUAUAAACUUGCCUUUGAGCAUUAAGCCUACAACUCAAAAUUCAACAAAUCAAAACAAAGAGGACACCAGAUCCAUGAACGGGAAAGAGAAAUUGGAAAAGAAAUCCCCAUCACCUGUGAAAAAAUCCUUGGAACCCAAGAAAGUGGCCAGUCCCGGGUGGACGUGUUGGGAGUGUGACCGGUUGUUCACGCAGAGAGAUGUUUACAUUUCCCACGUGAGGAAGGAGCACGGGAAGCAAAUGAAGAAACACCCCUGCCGCCAGUGUGACAAGUCUUUCAGCUCCUCCCACAGCCUGUGCCGCCACAACCGGAUCAAGCACAAAGGCAUCAGGAAAGUUUAUACCUGCUCGCACUGCCCAGACUCCAGGCGAACCUUCACGAAGCGGUUAAUGCUGGAGAAACAUAUCCAACUCAUGCACGGAAUUAAGGAUCCUGACUUGAAAGAAAUGACAGAAGCCACCAAUGAGGAGGAAACAGAAAUAAAAGAAGAUACCAAGGUUCCCAGUCCCAAGCGGAAGUUGGAAGAACCCGUUUUAGAGUUCAGACCUCCCCGAGGAGCCAUCACCCAGCCCCUGAAGAAGCUGAAGAUCAAUGUGUUCAAGGUGCACAAGUGCGCCGUGUGCGGCUUCACCACCGAGAACCUGCUGCAGUUCCACGAGCACAUCCCGCAGCACAAGUCGGACGGCUCGUCCCACCAGUGCCGCGAGUGCGGCCUCUGCUACACGUCGCAUGUCUCCCUGUCCCGGCACCUCUUCAUCGUCCACAAACUGAAGGAGCCUCAGCCGGCGGCCAAGCAGAACGGGGCCGGCGAGGAGAGCCAGCAGGAGAACAAGCCCGGGCCCGAGGAUGCGCCGGCCGACGGCCCCGUGUCGGACAGAACGUGCAAAGUGUGUGCAAAGACGUUCGAGACGGAAGCUGCCUUAAACGCUCACAUGCGGACCCACGGCAUGGCCUUCAUCAAAUCCAAAAGAGUGAGCUCGGCGGAGAAAUAGCCGCAUCCCCUCCCCGCGGAGAAUCCCGGUCCGCAUUGGAAGCAAAGAGACAUUUUUGUUACAAAAAGUUUGCAGUAUCAUAGAGUUAACAGUACUGUGUAGGCUGUUGCAAUAUAUCCUCCCUCCACACCCUUCUCCGCCUCCUCCUGUAUAUCGUCCUCGAUAAGUAUUAAAACAGUAUUUGAGUUGAAAAGAGUUUGUAUAUAUUUAAAUGAAUAACUUUUUUAUACUCUUUGUUACAUGUUUGUAUCAGUAUUUAGUGGCAAGUGUUUUCAAGUUUUUUUCAUUUGUUUCGUUCUCGGUUUUUUUUUUUGUUUGUUUGUUUUUUAAUUUGGGUUAGAAUUUUUCUUUUUGUACUGUUUCUUUAAAACAGAGUCCUUAGUAACAGGGGCAGUUCCUGAAUUCAAAUAACCAUUUUGUAUGUCACGGAUUUGAAUGGGUUAACUAAUUACAGGCUACGAUAAUGCCUUUUUAAUGUGUUUUUAAUUUUUAGAAUUCACUACAUAAAUUGUAGGUGACUGUAGGUCUCAAAAACACUAGGGACUUUUAAGUGUCUUAGCACUAUCCUCAACGUGCCUGCCCCGCCGGGACCGCAGCCCGGCACGUGGCAUCUUCUCCAGGCCAAGUGGUGUGGAAAGCAGCCUUGCGGAUUGCUUCUUUCCCAGCAGGGGGAUGAACACUUGGGCCAGAAAUCCAGUAAGGAACGUGGAUUAAUUCCAUCUCAGAACGGGGAAGAAGGGUAUCCUAAAGGGAAAAAACGGGGGGGCCGGUGGUUCUCUGGGCCAGUUUGCAAGGCUGGCUUCUUCAAAAAGAGCACAAGGAGAGAAAGUGACGAAAGGGCUGGACAACUGUAAAAGUUACAAAUACGUAGGUAGACCGAUCAAUUUAUAUAGUCACGUUUUUUGUCAUGUAACUUAUUAACUAGUACAGAGACACAACUAGAAAUAUCAAGUAUUUGUCUGGCUCUUGACAGGGGGAAAAAAAAAUUCACAGUUGACUUAACCCUUUGCUGUCUGAAGAGUUGGCGUUUCCUCUUCUGGGUGCUACUGCCAAACGCCCUGGUACUUAGACUUGGGAUGCACAACUUUCACCUUAUCGACGCAGCAGCCGGCGUGUCGCAAUUGGCCGUUCGAGUCAGCACUGAGCCACCUGGGUUUAGUUCAGCCAUUUCAAUAAGUAUAUUUAAUAUCGGUAGUUCUGCUUUCUUAGUGCAGCCGAGGUACUCUUCUGUCCCUUCCAAACAUUUAUAGUUCUCUGGGAGAGUUAUACUUUUUGGUUUUGUGUUUUGUGUUUUCUUUUGCAUUUUAUAUCUUGUAUUUAUCCCUAAACAGGUUUUGUACUUUUUUUUUUUUUUUAAGAAAAAUUCUUUUGUGUAUAUGUAGAUAUACUUGCAUGAUAUACUGUAGUCAACGUUCGGUUCCUCAAAAGGUCUUGCUGCUGUCAGGUGUCAUGCACUAACCACAUCCAUCCUAACUGUAUGAAACACAUUUCAUAUGUAAAUAAACGUGGGACAUUUGGCCUUUGUGCUUCCGUGAGAGAGUUAUUGAUGGUGGGUCUCUGACAUCUUCAUGAAGUUUAGGGAGAGUGAUUCAUUGCAGGGAAGGGCUACGGGAUAUUGCAGAAUUCUUCCCGCUCAGGAGAGUAGCAUAUUCAUUCUCGUUAGCAAUCAGCUAUUUUGUCACUUUCAUAUUGACUCCAUCAAGUACAUCGGUAUAACCCGAGGGCGUGAUUAAAUACUCCUCAACUUGAAAUUCAAUUGCUGUUACUUGUUAUAUUUAUACUUGUAUUGCUCUUAAGUUGUAUUCAUAGCACUUUCAAUAUGUUUCUGCAUUUGAACCUUGCAAUAAACCUGUGUGGUGGGCUGCACGGGUCCUAAUAGCCUAGUUUUACAGUUGAGGAAGCUGAGCUCAGAUUAAGUUCUUGGCCCUCAUAGCUGGUAAGUGGCUUUGCAUAUUAGAACCCAGAUAUUCUUGCUCUAAAUCUAGUGCUCGCUCUAUGUGUUUAUGUACAUAUUGACAAAUAUUCCUUUAUUCAACAAAUAAAAAAUAUGUGCAAAACACGA